UACCUGGAAUAGCUGGCCGAUGUAGCGCCCACUGAAACCGUUUUUUCUUUCCUAUAUAUAUAUACACACACACACACACAUUAUACACGGCCAGCAAAACACCAAAGCAUCCCAUUCCCACCAUUAAUUUCUAUCAUCUAUCUUCAGAUUUCUCUCCACCAUUCCAGCCAUGCAAUUCUCUUUGCACUUCACCACCCUACCUGCAACAACCUCUGGACUCCAAAAUCUCACUCAACUUCACACCCCCACGAAACGGAGAUCAAAUGCUCCAACUCCCUUCCCACUUUUCACAUCCAAAAUCCUCAUCAACCCUGCCAAGAAAAAACUCCCCCGAAAGCCGCCACCACCAUCGCUGCCAUCUUCGUCGCUGGUGGAACACAAACCAUCACCCAAAAAUGAUCAGCCAGUACUGUCAACCCCACAAAAACCCACGAACCCACCGCGUUUAAACCCCUUGCAAAAGGUAGUCGCCUCGCUCCUAGACCUCAUAGAGGCCUCACUGAUAUUACCACUUGAAAAGAACCAUAAGUUGCCGAAGACGGUCGACCCGGCGAUUCAGAUAUCUGGUAAUUUCGCCCCGGUACUGGAGUGCCCGGUUCACCAUGGGCUCGAGGUACUGGGUCAAAUCCCAGCAUGCCUUUACGGCGUUUACAUGCGGAAUGGGGCUAAUCCCAUGUUCGCUCCGUCAGGUGGACACCAUUUGUUCGACGGGGACGGCAUGAUACACGCCGUUACCUUGGGCUCCGGGAACAAAGCCAGCUACAGCUGUAGGUACACGCGCACGAGCCGGCUCGUUCAAGAAGCCGCAAUGGGGAGGCCCAUGUUUCCUAAGCCGAUUGGAGAGCUGCAUGGCCACUCCGGACUGGCUAGGCUUGCGCUGUUCUUCGCCCGAGCCGGAGCCGGGUUAGUUGACGGGUCGCGAGGCUCAGGUGUUGCCAAUGCCGGGCUCGUCUAUUUCAACGGCCGAUUAUUAGCCAUGUCAGAGGACGACCUUCCGUACCACGUUAGUAUCAAGGAUGAUGGCGAUCUUGAGACGAUCGGACGGUUCGAUUUCAACAAUCAGCUGGACUGCCCCAUGAUAGCGCACCCCAAGCUGGACCCCAUUACUGGUGAGCUCCACACGCUGAGCUACAACGUGGUGAAAAAACCGUACCUCAAGUACUUCAAGUUCGACACGUGCGGUAAUAAGUCACGUGACGUGGCGAUCUCUCUUCAGCGACCGACAAUGAUACAUGACUUCGCCAUGACAGAGAACUUUGUCAUACUCCCGGACCACCAGGUGAUAUUCAAGUUAUCGGAAAUGAUUCGGGGCGGGUCUCCGGUGAUCUUCGACGAGAACAAGACCUCUCGAUUCGGAAUUUUGCCGAAAAAUGACGUCGACGAGUCGAGAAUGCGAUGGAUUGACGUACCCGAUUGCUUCUGCUUCCAUCUGUGGAAUGCAUGGGAGGAAAACUCUGAAACAGGCGACGAGACCAUCGUUGUCAUAGGUUCGUGCAUGAGCCCGCCGGACUCAAUAUUCAACCAGAGAGAGGUCCCGCUUCAGAGUGAGUUAUCGGAGAUCAGGUUAAACAUGAGAACGGGGAAGUCCACGCGCCGGGUGAUCGUGUCGGGCAUGAACUUGGAAGCAGGGCAAGUAAAUAGGCAGCUCCUCGGCCAAAAGACCCGGUACGUGUACCUAGCGAUAGCAGAGCCGUGGCCCAAGUGUUCCGGCAUUGCAAAGGUUGAUUUGAAUUCUGGUGUGGUUACCAAAUUUUUGUAUGGGACGGGAUGCUUCGGAGGAGAGCCAUUUUACGUACCCAAGAAGAUGAAAUCUGAGGGAACUCAUAUUAGAGGAGAUGAUGAUGACGAGGGGUUUAUAGUGGGGUUUGUGAGGGAUGAGAAGAGAGAGACAUCGGAGUUGGUGAUAGUGGAAGCUUCAAGCAUGAAGGUAGGGGCAACAGUGAGAUUGCCUGCUAGGGUUCCUUAUGGUUUUCAUGGCACAUUUGUUGGUGCAGAAGAAUUGAAGGUGCAAGCAGCCAUGUCUUAGGCUCUGAAC